GCCUUUGCCGAGUGUGCUGGACUCCGCUCUGUGGCCCCCGCGCUCUCGGGCCGCUGCCUGCUCACCUCCAGACGCUGUCACUGUCACCGCACUGCACUGUCCAUUCACUCUCCACUCGCCUGGCCUCUUUUGUGGUCCCAAUUUCUGCUCCACCUUUCCCAUGAGGCAGAUUCCUUCCAGAAGGAGGAAGCGCGGCUUCCGCAAACUAAGGAGGAAGCAGCCCUGCUCAGCCAGGAGUUUGCCGAGGCCUGGGGCCAGAAGGCCAAGGAGCUGUAUGAACCGAUCUGGCAGAACUUCACGGACCCGGAGCUGCGCAAGAUCAUCGGAGCUGUGGGCACCCUGGGCUCUGCCAACCUGCCCCUGGCUAAGCGGCAGCAGUACAAUGCUCUGCUAAGCAACAUGAGCAGGAUCUACUCCACCGCCAAGGUCUGCCUCCCCAACAAGACUGCCACCUGCUGGUCCCUGGACCCAGACCUCACCAACAUCCUGGCUUCCUCACGAACCUACGCCAUGCUCCUGUUUGCCUGGGAGGGCUGGCACAACGCCGCGGGCAUCCCGCUGAAACCGCUGUACGAGGACUUCACUGCCCUCAGCAAUGAAGCCUACAAGCAGGACGGCUUCACAGACACGGGGGCCUACUGGCGCUCCUGGUACAACUCCCCCACUUUUGAGGACGAUCUGGAGCACCUCUACCAACAGCUAGAGCCCCUCUACCUGAACCUCCAUGCCUUCGUCCGCCGUGCACUGCAUCGCCGAUAUGGGGACAGAUACAUCAACCUCAGGGGACCCAUCCCUGCUCAUCUGCUGGGAGACAUGUGGGCCCAGAGCUGGGAAAACAUCUACGACAUGGUGGUGCCUUUCCCAGACAAGCCCAACCUCGACGUCACCAGUACUAUGCUGCAGCAGGGCUGGAAUGCCACGCACAUGUUCCGGGUGGCAGAGGAGUUCUUCACCUCCCUGGAGCUCUCCCCCAUGCCUCCCGAGUUCUGGGAAGGGUCGAUGCUGGAGAAGCCGGCCGACGGGCGGGAGGUGGUGUGCCACGCCUCGGCUUGGGACUUCUACAACAGGAAAGACUUCAGGAUCAAGCAAUGCACACGGGUCACGAUGGACCAGCUCUCUACAGUGCACCAUGAGAUGGGCCAUAUACAGUACUACCUGCAGUACAAGGACCUGCCCGUCUCCCUGCGCGGGGGGGCCAACCCCGGCUUCCAUGAGGCCAUUGGGGACGUGCUGGCACUCUCGGUCUCUACUCCUGCACAUCUGCACAAAAUCGGCCUGCUGGACCGUGUCACCAAUGACACGGAAAGUGACAUCAAUUACUUGCUAAAGAUGGCACUGGAAAAAAUUGCCUUCCUGCCCUUUGGCUACUUGGUGGACCAGUGGCGCUGGGGGGUCUUUAAUGGGCGUACUCCUCCUUCCCACUACAACUUCGACUGGUGGUAUCUUCGAACCAAGUAUCAGGGGAUCUGUCCUCCUGUUACCCGAAACGAAACCCACUUUGAUGCUGGAGCUAAGUUUCAUGUUCCAAAUGUGACACCAUACAUCAGGUACUUUGUGAGUUUCGUCCUACAGUUCCAGUUCCAUGAAGCCCUGUGCAAGGAGGCAGGCUAUGAGGGCCCACUGCACCAAUGUGACAUCUACCAGUCCACCAAGGCAGGGGCCAAGCUCCGGAAGGUGCUGCAGGCUGGCUCCUCCAGGCCCUGGCAGGAGGUGCUGAAGGACAUGGUCGGCUCAGACACCCUGGACGCCCAGCCACUGCUCAACUACUUCCAGCCAGUCACCCAGUGGCUGCAGGAGCAGAACCGGCAGAACGGCGAGGUCCUGGGCUGGCCUGAGUACCAGUGGCGCCCACCGUUGCCUGACAACUACCCGGAGGGCAUCGGUAAAGCCCUGAGUGAGGGUGGUGGGGGGCUAAGGUGGGUCCUCAACUCUGGGCUUGGCCCAGGCCCCAGGUUCCUGGUCAGCUCCUACCAGCUGAGCCCUGGUACCCUGUCCUGGAGGGCCAGGCAGCCCCCCAAGCUCAUCAGCACUGCCUGCAAGUGGGGACAGGCAUGUCUUUCCCCCAGCAUCCUAGAGAGGGUGUGCUCAGACCUGAGGGCCCCUCCCCCUCCAGAGGAAGCCAGAUACAGGGCUCUAUGA